AUGUUUUGUUGCGGAGUAUGCAAUGCUGUAUUUACCGGCAUAUACCAGGAAUCUGUAUUCACAACUCAAUGCGGUCAUUUGUUCCAUGCUGAAUGCCUUAGAAUGUGUUUCAACAAGCAGUUUUUAAACCAAGAUGUUGUACUUAAAUGCCCGUAUUGUUCACUAUUCGUUGACACAGCCAAAUUGAUUAAGUUACAUCUCCAAAUAGAUGCAAAUUGGAAAGAUACCGCUACUGCUCUAAGAAAACAGGCCAAUAGAAGCAUCAUUAAUUUGGAUGAAACAUUAAUGAACAACUCAGUAUAAUGAUGGAAAAUCCAAGCCUUGAUAUCAAUCCUGAAAUUUCUGCUGCCAAUAGGAGCAUCAUGAAUUUAGAUAAAUUGUUAAUGAACAACUCUAUAAUGUAUUAAAUUUAGUGAUACUAAUGAAGGUAAUAAAAAAUUGAAAAAAAUUGCUGAUGAAAUAUAGCCAUAUUAUUU